AUGGCUGCUUUGCAGAGAGUGGCGCAGUCAAGCGUGAGCACUACUGCGAGUAGCUACGGUUCGUGUAAAGGUGGUGCUGCUUCGUCCUUUUCUGCAGCCAACGAAAUGGCGGUCUCCGAUCGGUUUCCGGCGGGCUUAAGGGUUCUGGUGGUCGACGAUGACACCACUUGCUUGAGGAUUCUUGAGGUGUUGCUUGGCCGGUGUGCCUACCAAGUUACCGCUUGCUCCCAGGCUACUGUUGCUUUGAAUCUUCUACGAGAGAGGAAAGGCUGUUUUGAUGUGGUACUGAGUGAUGUUCAUAUGCCUGAUAUGGAUGGAUUUAAACUCCUGGAACAUGUUGGGCUGGAAAUGGACCUUCCUGUUAUCAUGAUGUCUGCUGAUGGGAGAACAAGUGCUGUUAUGCAAGGAAUUAGACACGGGGCCUGCGAUUAUUUAAUUAAGCCUAUACAUGAGGCAGAACUCAAGAAUAUUUGGCAGCAUGUUGUUAGGAAAAAAUGGAACGGAAAUAAAGAACUUGAUCAUUCUGGGAGUUUGGAAGAUAAUGAUCGGAAUAAACGAGGAAACAGUGAUGUUGAAUACACAUCUUCUGUUAAUGAAGGAACAGAAGUAAUAUUGAAAGGUCCGAAGAAGAGGAGCAAUGCUAAAGAAGAUGAUGAUGGUGAUAUGGAAAACGAUGAUCCGUCUACCUCGAAGAAACCUCGUGUAGUGUGGUCAGUUGAACUCCAUCAGCAGUUUGUCAGUGCUGUGAACCAACUUGGUCUUGAUAAGGCUGUACCAAAGAGAAUUCUUGAAUUGAUGAAUGUACCUGGUUUAAGUAGAGAAAACGUUGCAAGUCAUCUACAGAAAUUCAGAUUAUAUUUGAAGAGAUUAGCGCAACAACAAAGUGGGAUUUCAAAUGGUUUUUGUGGGCCUGUGGAAUCAAAUGGGAAACUGGGUUCGCUUAGUAGAUUUGACAUCCAAGCUUUGGCUGCCUCUGGCCAAAUUCCUCCACAAACACUAGCCGUCCUGCAAGCUGAGCUUUUAGGUCAACCUGCAGGGAACCUUGUGCCAGCAAUGGAUCAGCCUGCUAUUCUACAUGCAUCUCUAGAGGGACCCAAGCGUGCUCCUGUUGAACAUGGUGUGCCAUUUGUGCAGCCUUUGAUAAAAUGCCAAUCGAAUGUUUCCAAACAUUUUCCACAAUCCAUCAUACCUGCUGAGGAUGUAUCUUCAGGGUUUGGAUCUUGGCGGUCUAAUAGUCUUAGUACCGUGGCACCAAGUAACAAUCUCGGAGGGUUGGCUACUCACAAUAGUAGCAUGCUGAUGGACAUUAUGCAGCAGGAACAAAGACAACAUAAGAAAACGCAGCAGCAAUCUGUGCUAACUGAAUCUAGCCGUUUGAUUAAUGUGCAGCCGUCUUGCCUUGUGGUCCCCUCUCAGUCAUCAACUAGUUUCCAGGCUGGAAAUAGUCCUGCUUCUGUCAAUCAGAGUUGCAGUUUUAACAGGUCUACUGUUAUUGAUUACAGUAUUCUCUCGGCUCAAUCUAAUAAUUCCUCAUUGAAUAUUGGACAUAUACCAACUGGAAAUCUUAAAACUCCCAGCAUUCUUGAUGGGUACUCAGCCCCUGGUUCUGUUUCUUCCACAUCUUGCUCAGUUAAUGCUGGCAAUAACACCAGCCACCAGAACUCAGCUGUGCCAUUUUGUGAUUCUAGACAAUUGCCUGGGGUUUUGCAUGACAUGUCAAACAUCCAGGGUUUAUAUGUUGAUAAAUCAGGGGAAAUGCUCGACCAGGGACCCCUUAGGAAUCUUGGAUUUGUUGGUAAAGAGACUGGCAUUCCAAGUCAAUUUGCAGUGGAUGAUUUUGAAUCACAAGCGAGUCACUUGAACCAUGGAAAGAUCUAUGUGGAGAACAAUGGUAACCCAGUCAAGGAGGAGCCAAGUAUGAAUUUUGUGGAUAAUGCCAAAGUAGGCGUCCCAAUAUUACAAGAAUUUUCUUGUAGUGAUUUCAUGAGUGUGUUCACUGAAUAG